CAAAAUCCCAAGUCAUCUCCUCCAUUGUUAACACUUGUUCUUAUUUCUCCAAUUCUCCCACUUCACUUCUACAUCCAAGGCUUUAGGCAACAGAGCUCUCAUCACCAAACCAACAAGAACAGAUUCCUUCACAGAGGGAAAACUUUUUAAAAUUAACAAAUAGUAGUCGCAGCAAAAUGAUAUCUACUUCUAUUACUACUACUUCUAAGCUCCAGUCUCCAUUUUUAUGUGAUCCUCUCAAGCUCUGUUCAUUUCCUUUCCAGAAACUCUUCAAAACCCAGCGCCCAGCAGUUUCUUUUCCAUGUAUCAGAGCUGAUCUUGACCAAAACACGAUAGUAGCAAUUACAGCUGGGGUUGCUAGCAUUGCGGUUGGGAUCGGAAUUCCAGUGUUCUAUGAAAUCCAAAUUAAUAAGUCUGCCAAACGAGAGAACACACAGCCAUGCUUUCCCUGCAAUGGUUCUGGAGCUCAAAGAUGCAGAUUUUGUGUGGGCACGGGGACGGUUACAGUUGAGCUUGGAGGGGGUGAGAAGGAUGUCUCGCGUUGCAUUAACUGUGAUGGCGUUGGUUCUAUGACAUGCACAACGUGUCAAGGCAGUGGUAUCCAACCCCGAUAUCUUGAUCGCAGAGAGUUCAAAGAUGAUGAUUAAGGUGGAUUGCACAGCCCGUGGUUCCAGGAAAAUCAAUAGAAUAUGUGAAGUUGACAGGAAAAUUGUUGUCCGUUUUAUUUUAUUUAUUUAUGGUUUGAAACUUUAUGUGAAAAAUGAUGAGGUAGAUAACAAUUUUCAACAAAAUUGGUCGUAUUGCUUAUCCCCCACACCUCAUUAUCGCCGAAUUUCAGUUUGUUUGCUUUUGCCUAGGUAAAAA